AUGGCUCUAUAUAUUGGACAAAAUCUAUACACUGUUUCCUUCAACACAAUUACCAUUUUGGAAAUGGGAAAACUAAUUGCAAAAAGUGCAAUUUAUUGUGUUUUUAUUCAUUUCCUACUAGUAGGGAAAGUUGUAAGUCGUCAUUUGCAAUAUAAUGCUGUGGAGUUGGUGUCGGAUGGUGUGAGUGAUGAAUCGAUUCUACGUCUGAAAGGAACCGAUUCUUCUGAAGAGGAGUGUAAGCUGAUGUACGGGUUUUUGCCAUGUUCAACGAAUAUCCCGAGUCAUAUCUUCCUCAUUGUGAUUUAUGAGUACCUGUUAUAUCAUGGUGAAUCCUAUGCUGGUGGUGACGGGAGAAUAUUCCGUGUCCUUGGCAAAAAAAUUUAUGCUUCAAUAUUUUCUCAGCUUCUUGACUCCCUUCCAGAUUCUUUGAUUCUUCUUGCAACUGGACUGUCCUGUAAUCAAGAAAAAGCGCAAGAAUACGUUGUAACAGGUGCAGGGUUGCUAGCUGGAUCAUCAGUAUUACUUCUCACACUUCUUUGGGGAACAUGCUUCAUCUUCAGCAGAAAAGAAUUUACGGGUUUAAAUUCUUCAUAUCCCUUAACAGGGUGGGGUGUUCAUACAGAUGAGGAAACCACUUUUCAUGCGAGAAUUAUGUUCUUUUCACUUAUACCAUUUUUAAUCAUCCUAUUUCCAAGUGUUUUUGGUAUAUCAUAUUCUACUCAAGAACACAAGAUCGUCCUACUGGUGUCACUUUCUGCUUCGGUAGUUUGUUUAAUCUCAUACUUCUGCUAUCAGCGUUCUGAGCAAAGGAUAUGGAAAAGGAGAUUGGAGUAUGCAGAAGUCGAACAAAAAGUCGAAAUGCAUGUACCAUUUUAUGAGGUACAGGCUCUUAUGAUGGACAGAGAAAAACAUUUGAUAAUCAGACAAAAGGAAAUGGAGAAAAAGUUAACUAGUGCUGAAGGUAACGAAGAAAGUACAAUAAUGAGCAAGGGAGAAUUUUAUGAAAUGUUUGAAAACUGGCUUGAUGACACAAAAAAGUUAAUCGAUAAUCCAUAUUCGAUGGAUAAAGAGAAGACGAAAUACAAUCAGGUUGUGGAACUGUUACUAGAAGAAAAGAACAAAUGGAUAAAGCUAAUGUCGCGUAUCAUGAAACGUUCUUCCGGAGUGAAACUUUUUAAACCAGAUGGAACUCUAGAUGAAUCUGCCAUAGAUAGUUUCUUUGAUUACAUCGAUACGGACAAAAAUAAAUAUAUUACACGGAGUGAACUGAAGGGAAACUAUAACGAGAUACUGGUGGAUGACGAAAUAGCGGAUAUCAUAAUGCGACAUUUGGACGUCGAUGGAGAUGGAAAUAUAGAUAAAGCAGAAUUCAGAUUGGGAGUUAAAAAAUGGGUCGCUUCAUGUGACUUACAAAAGCAGUUGCAGGACAACAACCAAGAAACUGACGAGUAUCAUAAAACUGAGGCAAAGGAGAAGACAGAGGAAAUGGUUAAGGCAAUAAUACUAUUGAUAGUUGGAAUCUUAAUGAUAACAUUCUUGGCUGAGCCACUGGUGGAGAGUGUUAGACAAUUUUCAAACGCUGUAAAGAUAGUGCCCUUUUAUGUGUCAUUCAUCUUAGUCCCAUUGGCUACAAACGCUAGAACCGCAAUUGCAGCAAUUAGAGCUGCACGUCAGAAGAGACAUCACACAACAUCUUUAACUUUCUCUGAGAUAUACCACAAGGUUUUCCUGAACAACAUUCUAGGAUUUUCUGUUCUUGUCUCAGUCAUAUAUUUCCGUGGGUUCACGUGGCAUUUUUCAGCAGAGAUUCUAGUUGUGGUCAUUGUUUGCAUGAUAAUGGGACUUAUCGCAAGUUUCACAUCCAAGUUUCCGGACUGGACUUUGCUCAUCGCUUUCCCUCUCUAUCCGUUAUCUAUGGUAGUUGUUUAUUUUGUAAACGAUGCUUUUCAGUUUACUUGAAACUUGAUCGAGUCUGAGAGGCGUCGGGUAUGCUGUACUUUUCACGUCAGUUUCACGCAUUGCACAUUUCCUUCGCAUAAAUCUGUAUUGUUUGAGAAUCUGGAUUGUAAUAAUAUGUCUUGUUAGAAAUAACUCGUUGAUGUGGCCUUACGGAUCA